AUGGUCAAACCUAAGAAGACCAAGCCAAAAAAUCCUUCAUCGAAGCCUAUGCAAACAAGGAAUUCAACACCUUCUUUCAGUGCUCAAAAGCUUCUCCCUCCAUCUAAGCCUCAAUCCAAACCAUCUGGUGGAGCUGAGAAGAUGAAGAAAGGGAAACCAGAAAGAGUUUAUGUGGUAGCCACUAUGGAAGAGGAGACUGAAUCAAAUGAAGCGGUGAGAGAGGUCAAGAAGAGUGAAAUUGUUUCUAGGGUUGUCAAGAUGCAAUCCUCUGGAGAAGGUCGUCCUAGCAAGAAGCUCCGAGUUGAAGUUGAACAAUUUGAUAUAACCCUUAAUCAAGUGAAGGAAGCAAUAAUAGAACAAGAUGAUAAUGAUAACAAUAAGAAGAUUGCAGAUUCAGGUGAAGCAGCUCAAGAUCUUCUGGUGAUGACAGCUGAUUUAGAGAAGAAUACUCAGGAGGUUGAUAUUGAGAAGGGAGAAGAUGCAGAGAAGGUAGAGAAGGAGAAGGAUGAAGGCAAGGUUGAACAUGUUCUGGUGGCAAGAGACACUAUGAAAUCUGAUAAGGGAAAUUAUGUAGAGUGA